UACAUGGCGUAACCAAUGCAGUAUAUAUAUAUACGUCAGAGUGCGUCAAUCGUCAGUACAGAAGCUAACUGUAGCUCCAAGUGCAUCGCUCAACAGUGCGAUACUAAGCUCGUCUUUGCUACCAUGGCCACUGCGGGUACCAUCGGGCUCACCAUAGGUGCGGGAAGUGCGGCCGCCGCUGCCGCCGUUGCUGUGGCUGCCGCAGGCGCUGUUGGCAUAGGAGUUCUGGGAGCCGCGGCGCUACGACGGCGCAGCAGAAGUAGAAGUGGCCAGCGAUAUGGUUAUGGCAGCCGGAGGACCCGCAGGGGGCGCGGUAGAAGGUUUGGCCGCCAGGUGAAGAGGGACUCGGCAGAGGAGCUGGAGGAAGCACUCAACAGUAUCCGUAAGAGUGACUUGACCGGCUGUGGCAAGAGGCUGGUGUGUGAGCUCGCGACCCAAGACAAACUCUCAGUCGAGGAGAUGGCCAUUCUGCAGCUCUUCGGGCCAACGAUAAAACCAGGUGAAGGAUUUUUACCUCCGGGAGCGACAGGAGAGUAUAAAGCGGCCAAGACGUAUGGAGAAUCGGGAGGAGACUGUGGCCAAGCCUUCCCGGCCUGUCCUUACAACGGCUCCCAGCUCAUGAACAUCGUUAUGGAGUACCUGCCGUGAGCCAUCACAAUGCCAGCAGGAAAACUUUAUUCCAGUAACAAUGAACCAACGCUAGAUCAAGGUUAUCAACGUUUGUUCAGUGUUACUCAAACCAAGUUUUUUUGACCGGACGGGUUGCAGCCUCGUCUACCACAGCCUACAGCACACCGAACAAGAGCACACGACACUAGAGCACAUAGCACCUUGGUACACUUAAGUUUUAUUGGGAUGUUUACUACCAUUAUUGUAAGUU